AUGUCAAGAUACACACCUCUAUUUCUUUUGGUUCUUGUGCUUGUUCUGACAUCAGUUAUCGUUGCUGAUUUUGCGCCGGCUCCUGGACCCUCACCAACACCAAUUCCUCUUCCUCCAGAACUUAUCGAUGUCAAUACAACAAUUAUUGAUACUACUGUUGUAACAUCGGCGGAUUUGUUUCCAGUGGAUACUUCACUUUUAAAGUCUCCAACUUCGGUUUUAGUUAAGGAUGCUAACACAAUUAUUGUUGUUGAUAGUGGAAGUCAUAGAUUGUUGUUUUUCUCAGAUAAUGGUGCACCAGCAUAUGUUUUGGCUGGAGCAGGUUAUUCAGGUAAUGCUACUAUUGACCUUGGUGGUUCUGCUUUUGGUCCUACUUCUCCUCUAAAUUCACCAUCUUCUGUUGUUUUUAUGGAUUCGGAUACUGUACUAUUUACUGACACUAAUAAUGAUUUCAUCAAAAAACUAGUACUAUCAUCAGGGAUAUUGCAAAACUAUGUUGGAAGUGGAAACAGGUCGGCUGAAUAUGCGCCACCUUAUGAUAAGGCGCAUAUUAAUCUUAUUGAACCAAAGGGAUUGGCUCUCUAUUCCUCAAUUCUUUAUGUUACCAGCAAUGACAAGAUAUUUAGAGUUGGCACGGAUGGAUUUGUAAAUGAGAUUGAGAUUGAUUUAGGGAUACAACAAGGAGGCCUACAAAAACCAACUUCUCUGGCAAUGUCUUCAAGUGAUAUCCUCUACAUUUGUGAUAGUGAAACAAACUUGAUCAAGAGAUAUAACGUUUCUAGCAAAUUAUUGGAAACUGUUGUGGGGUCAGGAGAAAACCCUUUCACUUCUGAAAAUGAUGCUUUGGAUCCUCUUAGUCACAACUUGAAUAAUCCUCAAGGGAUAGCUUUGAGUCCAGAUGGUAAAAUGCUAUAUAUUGCUGAUACUGAUUCAGGAAAAAUCAAAGUAUUUAAUAUAGAGAAGAAUACAAUAAGAACGAUAUUGGCAGAAUCUAAAUAUGGAAUCUCUGUUAGCAAACCUGUUGGAUUAUAUGUCCAUUCAAACGGAACUCUCUAUUUCACAGAUACGAAUACCCUACAGAUAGGAAGACUCAAUUUAAUGAAUUGUGAUACAAAUAGCUCAGAUCCACAAUGUCUGAUAAGUUAUUGUUAUGGAAAAUUAUCAAACGACUCAUCUGUUUGCAGUGGAAGAGGCAACUGCGCAAAAACUGAUACAUGCAGUUGUAGAGUAGGAUUCGUGGGAAAUCAAUGCCAAUUCAAUUCAUCUUUUCUUAUCAAUGCAAUUAAUUCAAAUUAUGAUGUUGAGAUAGGAAAAUCUCAAGUUCUACAGAUUAAUGUUUCAGAAACUAUUACUAAUGGGAUUAAUUUUAUAUGGAAUUGCGAAAAAUGUGCAAUGCCAAUUGAUAAUAAUUUCAGUUCAUUGUUAUUUAAUGCUUCAAGCCUUGGAACCUUCAUUGUAACUGUUAGGGUGAAUCAUAUACAAGAAGGAGCAAUAAUUAGAACCUCUAAUUCUGUUAAUUUUACAGUUACUGUAAUACCACCAAUUGGGGUAGAUAAUAGCACAUUCAAUUCAACUUAUGCAAAUAAUUCAAGUUUUGAUAGCACCUCCAAUGUUACUGAUAUAAUCAAAGCUAUAUCCCUAUCACAAAAUCAAAUGAUUGACAGUGUCCUGACAGGAUUCAACAUUGACACAAAAAGAUUUUUGGCAUUAAUUAACCAAAACGAAUGUAAUAGCUGUUCAACUAUCAUCUCUAUUUCAUGGAAGCUUGUGUAUGAGGAAAGAAUAUAUUCAAGCUCUGAUCAAAUUACUACAAGAGGAACAGCAAACAAAAACUCUAAUUUCACCAGUAUUAGUCUCAACCCCUUUGUUAAUGUCAAAGGAUUGGUAAAACUUGAAGGUUCUACUAAUUUUGCUACCCUUUCCUUUACAAUUACUGGUGCUAUCCAAAACACUAUGGUGAUUAAUCACACCAUUCCUGUAGCCAGCUCAAUAAUUAGAAAGUCAUCAAAUUCAAAUCUAAAUAUAUCUCCUAACAGAGGAGUUGGUCUGUAUACCUUGUUUAGUAUUCAGGAAAACGAAAGCGACUGGAAAAUUUUCUCUGCAGAUCAAUCCCCGCUUUCUUUUGCAAUAGGUAUUGUUUACAACAACCAGACUCUACGAUUAACUGAAUUUGUACCUAUGGGCCAACAAUUACUGACUUAUUUGCCUUUCACAAAAAAUAUGGAACAAAACAAGCCAACAGACUUGGUGGUCUUUGCAAAGGAUAACUUAUCUAAUGUACAGUCAGUUUUAGUUCAAUCAGUUGUGACAAUGCUUAGAUUCUACAGCACCCCAAGUGAGGCAAUGUCUCUAAUGAAGACCGAUUCAAGAAUUGCUAAAGUGGUUCCAUAUGACUCAUCAUUCACUGGAUCAUCGGAUGAAUAUGACCAAUUACUGUUAAUGGCUAUGCAGAAUUUCACUAUUUCAGCGGAAAAUCCAACAGUUGGACUUGGAUCACUGUAUUCUAUGUCUGAAAAAAAUCUCACUACCUCUGUGUCCAAUUUAAUUAUACAAAACCUGGAUUCUUACCUUGGAAAUUCUGUAAAUUCUUACAAAACUCAAAAGAGCCAACAGGGAUUUGUGUCUUCCAAGAUCUCAGAUGAAGAUACGAAAACGAUUCUUUCAACAUCAUCCAAUUUAGUUCAAAAGGGAUUGGAUAGUCGUUUAGCGACCAAAUUGUCUUCACUUUUAGUAAUUUCCUCAAUACCAACCCUCCUUACUUCAAGUGAUACACUCUUGCCUUCAACAAUUAUAACUUCAGCCAAUAUUAAUAUUACAUACUCAAGUUUUUCGAAAGACAGUGCUUCAACUUCAACGGUAACAAAUCGGUUUGACUCAAUUUUAUUUGAAGCUGAUUCCAUUCUUGCACAAUACUCCUCCUUCUCCACUGAAGUUGGUUUAUCUGUAGUAUCCUUUAAUGGAAUAGUGUAUCCAGAGACUAAUGCCACCUUCGCUGCCAAUGCUAAGGAUUUCACAAUGCAUAGGAACGGCAACAGCAUGAAUUUGAAGAGCCUUGUGAAACCUUUUUCAAUUUCAUUCAAUUCAAACACCCCCAUUAGCUCUAGCAAUAAUAGUAGAAUCAUUUGUAAAUAUUGGAAUGAAACCAUGUCCAAAUGGGAUACUGACGGUUGCACUUUGAAAUCCUUAAACUCGGCAACUGGUGAAAUUGUUUGCUCUUGUACUCAUACCACUUUAUUUUCUGCUUUUAUAGAGCAAGUUCCUGUGGGUAUUACAUUUGAACCAUAUGUCGAUCAAUUUAUUGGUGUUCAUGGUACUCAGAUUGCCCUAGGUUCAGUUUACUUGAUUUGUGCUGUUGCAGUCUUGAUAGGAUUAGCUUUGAAUGCUAACAAACAACCUGUAAAGAGCAGAUUCACAACCCCUUUCUUGGGAAUGGCAGCUUUGAUUACCCAAAGCUCUCUUCUACUCAUUGUUCAACGAAGUGUUUUGAUUUCCUCUACCCAAUCAAACGAUGCCAAUAGUUAUCUAGCUUCCUCUAUAUUGGCAAAUAUUAUUACAAUUAUUGUAAACACCAUAACCCUGUGUGCAAUCAUGACAUACUUGUAUCAGGUUAUGAGAUUUGAAUUUUUAAAAUAUUUCUAUAAUGAAUUAUCCUUAAUGAACGAUAAGGUGACUGCAAGUAGAUUUCUUCACUUUAUCAAGCAUCUGAUAUCUGCAAAAUUCUACAGCAUUAUGUUGAUUACUUUUGCAUUUAUCAAUUUAGCAUAUUGGACUUUGUGGGUUAUUUUAGUUAGAACAAACGUGAUUACUGGCCCUGAAUACACCCAAAUAGUUUCCAUUUCUUAUACUGUUGCAAUUCUAUUUAUUGGUUUUGCUGUUUGUUGUAUAUUUUCAGUAGAUUUGAUAAUGACAUGGUAUCAGAGAAAUUUGAACAAGAAUGAAACAACCAACAGAUCUAAAGAAUCUCAAAAGAUGAAAGCUCAAAAUAUUUUGGGUAAGGUUUUCAAUUUCCUCUUUUCUUGGUUUGUAGAGGCUGAUUCUCCACUGUUCUUCAGAGCUGAAAUGAUUUUGUUUGUUAUUUCAUUUAUUUUCCUUGUCAUUGUACAAGCUUUGGGAAUGGCUAGUCUUAACUAUAGGCUGUUACUAACAGGUUAUACCGAAACAAAAUUAGCACCAUUGGCUAUAGUAAGAACUGUAGUGACCUAUGACUCGGUUUCAAUCAUUUUCGAGGUAUUACAUAUUGUUACAUACAUGCUAGUGUAUGGAGGUUAUUCCCUUCUUGUAUUGUUAGCCCAAAGAAUGAAAGUGUGGAAUGGUGAAAAGAAUGAACAAGAGAAGGUAGAAAUCAAUCAAUACCUAGAAAAUCCAAUAUUCCUAAAGAUAUUUGAUAGUUUCUGCAGAAAAGAGUUUUCACUUGAAAAUCUUCAACUCUAUUUACAUUUAACCAAAAACUCCAAUAUUAUCGAAAAGGGACUGGCAGAAAUAAUAGAGUUUAUUAACAAUAUUUAUGAUGAUUAUGUGAAAUCUGGUUCUAUUAGGGAAGUGAAUAUUCCAUCUGAUUGCAGAAAAUCUUUUGCCUCAAUGGUGGCAAAGUUGAAAAAUGCAAAUAAUCUCGAAUUAGUAGACGAGAAGCAAUCAGUUUCCAAAACAAAAAAGAACUCCCUUCCUGCAAAUUUAUCUGAUAUGGUUGUUGAUAAUAUCAAAUCCCUUACAGAUCAAAUAUUAAUCAAUCUAUCAGAUACUUUCUCUAGAUUUUUCUAUACACAAGAGUUUGAAGAAUAUUCCACUUCCAGUAACAGCAGAGAAGAAUUAUUGAAACAAUCCAAUUUAAUGUAA